AAUUAAUACAAUUACAAGUAAUUUAAUUAAUUUCUAAAGAGAAAUAUUAAUUUUUUUGUAUACUUUUAUGACUUUACAUUAAUGAAUUAUUAUUGAUCAAUUAAAAUCUCAAUUAUUCAUUAGAAAAACAUAAUAAAAAAAAAUAUAUAUUAACAUUUAAAUAUCUAUAUAUUUUACAAAUAAUUUCAUGUGUUCUUUACCAAAUGACUCGUUUUUAUUUGCAAAUAUGGAUGAUUCUAUACAUUCUCUAUCAUCAUCAGACUCUGCUUCAUCUGUUAGUUCAGCGUCACUAUCAGACAAUUAUUUAACAAUAAAUGAAAAUAGUUUAAAUGAAAAUUUAUUAGAAAAAGAGAUAGAAAAAUGCAAUCAAAUGAUUAGGAUGACCAAAGAAUGCAGUGAAAAUCGAAUGAGACUUGUCAGGAGACUAGUCGAGUUAAGACUAAAAUUAGUAAUGGCAACUGAAGUAAAAACUUUAGAAAGUAAAUCUAGUGUAAAUGAAUCCAAAUUAGUAGUUGGACAUCACUUAUCACUAGUGUGGAAACCAAAUUGGUUGGAAAAUAAGUUUUGUGAUGUAUGUACUAAAACUAUAUGGAUUUACAUGCAAGAGUAUUAUGAAUGUGCAGAUUGUGGAUAUUACUGUCACAUAUUUUGCAUUGAAAAAAUUAAAAGAGUAUGCUCUGCAAUUGUAGCUAGUGAAAAUUCUAUGAUUCUUAAUAUAUGUCCCUAUAAAGGAUUAUUAUCACAAGAUUACAAAUGUGCUGAAUGUCAUUCUUAUAUUCGUGUCAGGAAUUUAAAAGUAUCACAAGAAGAUAAAGUUUCUCUUGAAGCUCGCUUAUGUGACUAUGAUGGAAAAUACUACUGUCCAUUACAUCACUGGAAUAAUUUGGCAUUAAUACCAGCUCGAGUAAUUUGUAAUUGGCAAUUUGAACAGCAACGAGUGUGUCAAGCAUCUUUUCAAUUACUUAAGUUUAAUUACAAGAAAAGAAUUUAUGAUUUAGAGCAACAAAAUCCAAAACUAUUUAUUUACCUCGAAUCACUAAGUCAAGUAAAAAGUAUUAAAGAAAAUUUGACCAAAAUGAAAAAAUAUUUAGUUUUAUGUAAAUAUUGGAAUUCUUGCAUAAAAUAUUUAUCACCUAGAUGCAACGAGUUGCUUUAUAAUUCAAAACAAUACAGUAUAAAAGAUAUGGUUGAAAUAAAAUCUGGAAAAUUUUUAAAUGAUUUAAAAACUCUUAAAGAAAUAUGUGAAAAACAUAUUAAGUUAGAUUGUGAAAUCUGUAAAAAUCAAGGAUACUUUUGUGAACUUUGUAAAAAUGAUAGCAUUAUAUUUCCAUUUGAUGAAGAAUCCCGUGAUUGCAAGAAAUGUAAUAAUAUUUAUCACCAUCAGUGUUGGUACAAAAGAGAUUUUUGCCCGAAGUGUAAAAGAGUUGAAGAUCGAUCAAAAUCACAAGAUACCAACUUAUUGGAAUAGUUUAUUUGUAAUAUCAAAGAUUGAAGAUGAUGUAAAAAAAUUUCUUUGAAUAUAUAUAUUAAAUUGUUUUUAAACUUAAUAUUCUAUUUAGUAUAUAUUAAUACUUCUAAUAUAAUUGUGACAAUGAAAGUAAUUACUGUGAUAAAAAUUUUUGUAAUUUAUUAAAUAAAUGUUUUAAUGUUA